AAACUUCUUCCCCACCCCCACAGUCGACCCCGCACCAUGGCUAUUCCCCUCGUCAAACUCAACAGCGGAUACGAUAUCCCUAUCCUCGGUCUCGGCACCUGGCAAUCGAAGCCCGAGGAAGUGUCCUCGGCGGUCGAGUACGCGCUCAAGGAGACCAAACUGCGUCACAUCGACUGUGCCUUCGGGUACGGCAACGAGAAAGACGUCGGUGCUGGCGUGAAGGCCUCUGGUGUCCCUCGAUCGGAGAUCUUCAUCACCAGCAAGGUGUGGAGCACCUGGCACUCUCGCGUCGAGGAGUGCCUCGACCAGACCCUGGCCAACUUGGGUACUGAUUACCUUGAUCUGUACCUCAUCCACUGGCCUGUGCCGUUGAACCCGAACGGCAACCACCCGAUGAUCCCUACCCUCCCGGAUGGCAAGCGUGACGUCGUCCAUUCCUGGGACCUUAGGGACACCUGGAAGCAGAUGGAAGCCCUGGUCAAGAAAGGCAAAGUCCGGAGCAUCGGCGUAUCGAACUUCUCGGAGAUGAACCUCGAGAAGAUCCUGCCGACCGCGGAGAUCGUGCCCGCCGUGGACCAGCUCGAGCUGCACGUGUACAACCCCCAGCACAAGCUCCUCGCGUAUCUGCGCGCCAAGGGCAUCCACCCACAGGCCUACUCGCCCCUCGGCUCGACCGGCUCGCCGCUGUUCAGCGACGAGGUCCUGACCGAGAUCGCCGGCGCGCAUGGGCUGCAGGCGGCGGAUGUGCUGAUUGGAUACCUCCUCGCGAAAGACAUCAUCACGCUCCCCAAGUCGGUCACCCCAUCGCGAAUCGCUGCGAACGCGGCUGGCCCGAUUGCGGCUCUUGGUAAGCUCUCCAAGGAGGAGAUCGAGCGUCUGGAUGGGCUGGCCGCCUCCGGGAAGCAGAAACGGUUCAUCAUGCCGCCUUGGCCGAUCGAACUGGGCUUUGAGAACUGGGGCUGAAACUUUGGCGCCAUAUGCGGGCAUUGGAGCAUUAUAGUGCAGAAUAUAAACGAGAAAUGACAAAUGAAAUGAAUAUGCUGUAUCUGUAUCAAUCGUGGCGAAGUCCAGAUUUGUGGACACAUCGAUGCCGCUAUGGAUUCAAAUUUAUGGAAAGGGCAUCUGUUGAAUCCUGUAAUGCGCCGUUGUCAAUGUUCUCUAGAAAUGAAUCCAGGGGCUCCCGGAAACACGGAAACAUUCAGCGAACACGUUCUGUUUAUGUCCAGUCCCAGAGAAACGUUUUCAUCGACGCCCGUUUCGCAUCGAUAUCGGAUACAAACUAUGCAUCCCGUUACUGUUUGGUAGACAAGCUGCCAGCGCGAACGAUGGUCAACUGAGUUACGCAUAGUACAAGAUACGAAUAUCGGAAUGAGUAGCGAACACUACAGCCCCGGAGAAGGCAGAGACAUGCACCUCAUUGCCACAGUGCGCCAUAUCCGCCUGGACAUCCCCCGUAGCAUCAGUUCCAGGGGCCAACACCUUGUGUUUGCGGUCUCCAUAUCCGUCGAAGAUGGAGGAGUGUCCCGAGUACGUGAUCUGGCGGUAGAGGAGGUUGAGCCGGCACUCCAACGGCGGUAGAUGCUCACGCAGAGCGACGGAAUGCCCGCCGGCGGCGCUGAGAUCCAGCGUGUAUCGAUGCAGAUAGGAUGGGGCGCUCUCCGACUGACCGGAAGCAUGCACCCAGACGCGGAAGCGCACUGCUCGCAGAGGAUCUGGAUGGACGCUGAGCUGGUCGAUGCUGGUCGAUACCAGCUGGGGUAUCACGUGGUACGCUACUGGAGACAUGAGAGUGAGAUCCUGGAUGCCAUUCCCGUUAAGCAGAUGUGAUGUCUCGUAUACGUAGAGUGCCUCCGAUUCGGACUUGUCACCACCGUUACGAGGUAGCGCUUGGUAGACCUUGAAGACGAGGAAUUUGGGUAUGACACUCCACAAGGGAUGUGUUCCCU